UUCGGUAGAGAAGAAUCGUGCAAAAAUAUUGUAGCCUCUCCCCGCUGGUGCGUAUGUUUUCGUGCAUCGAUUGCAAAGACGCAUUAGUUGGUGGUCCGCAGCUUACCCGAACUGCAUAACCGUGCAUUGGUUCUUAAUAACUCUGCUUUGUGCACAUAAACAGAGCCACGCACACGGUCCCCGUGUGCACUCUCCCUCUGGACGAGCGAAAAAAUUGUUUGUGAAGACGCAACCGAGUGGGACAGUGUUGUGAUUAGCGAAUUGAAUCGGAUUCAGAAUUGCCAACCUCUGCCUCAGUUUGGUGUCGUCAUAUUUGUUGUUGGUGCUGUUGUACAACCGCUGACGUCGGCAUCAUCUGGGCCGUGCAGUGGAGCCCUUGCAACCAAGUCAACAACGCGCUUGUGGCCCAAAAAAAAUCCUUCCCAUCCUGAAACAUACUUUCUCCUCUUCCUCGUGAAAUCCACUCCCGUGUUUUCGGAAUUUGUAUCCGAGGCGAGUUAAAACCGUGCAUACCGUAGUCAGCCUACGUUGUGCUGCAACCGCGUGUUGCAUGUUGACGGCAAGAUGUCCUACCGCAUUCUGCGCAAGCUGCAGGGCAAUGAGCUGGAGAUAAAGGAACAGAUCGAUGAGGUGUCGGAUGGUGGCGAUGCCGAUUACGACACCAACAGCACCAGCAGUCAGAACCGCAACAACAGCAAGAAGCAGCUCAACAUCAAUCGAUACGAUCUGCUAAACCAGCAACAAUCGCUAUCCGAGAGCGAGGUAAAGGAGGACGAUAACGAUGAGACGGAAAAGGACAUCGCGGACGGACCGGUCAGUGUGCAUCUGGCCGAGGCAAAGAAGCGCAAGAAAAAGAAGAAGAAGAAGACGGGUAAAUACAUCUCCAGCUCGGCGAGACGCAGCAGCGAGGACAAUGCGGACAUCGAAGACGAUUUUACGCGCACGGUGAAGGAGGUGGACAAACUGUUUGGUAAUUUCCCGCGCGAUUCCUCGGACCACCAUCAUCAUCAUCAUCACCAUCACCAUCACCAUACCAGUGAAGGGGGUGCCAGUGAUGGUAAGGCGGCGGGCACGGUCGUAACCGGUGGUCUGACCGGCAAAUCGUUGCUGAAUGUGCAGCAUAAAAAUCUGAAUCCACAGUACGAGAUGAAGCGCAUGUUCGGCAGCAAGGUCGUCGGUGAUCAACAGAAUAAACGACGCAAUGCCCGUGGUGCAUCAAGGCUGCAAAAGUCUACCUAUUUGGUGAACCCAAAAGACUCCUGGCCACCGGUCGGCAAAUCUGGCAUCUACAUGAACUUGGUGCAGGCACCGGAACCGAGCACCUCUACAUCCGCCACCGGUCCGAAAGCAAUCUUCGAUAAGAACGUGAUCUACUUCGCGUUCGAGCACAGCCCUUCAUACCGGUUGGUGCAGCAAAAGUUUCUCGAUGCCGUCGAGAGCAUGGACUCGGAGAACAUUAUUCACAUCAUCAACCAGUACCCGUACCACGUCGAUUCGCUAAUCCAGCUGAGCGAGCUGUGCAAAAUGAGCGACGACCACGCGAUGGCUUCCGAGCUGAUCGAACGCGCACUGCUUGCGCUCGAGUCGUCGUUUCACACAAUGUUUAGUCUCACGCAGGGCAACUGUCGAUUGGAUUACCGGAGACAGGAAAAUCGGGCACUCUUCAUCACACUCUUUAAGCACUCGCAGCAUCUGGAGUCACGGGCCUGUUCGCGGACCGCGCUAGAGGUAGCAAAGUUGAUACUGUCAUUCGAUCCGGUUAACGAUCCCCUCGCCAUGAUCCUGAUUGUCGAUUACUAUGCAAUACGGGCGAAGCAGUACGAGUGGCUGGUGACGUUGUACGAGGAAUGGGACGCCACGAACAAUCUGUCCCAGCUGCCCAACAUGGCUUACUCGUACGCGAUGGCACUCUUCCAUCUGAAGCGCCCCGAAGCAGCCGACAAAGCUUUGCAAUACGCGCUGCUAAUGUUUCCCGGCGUACUGCGUCCGCUGAUGGAUGAACUGUCGAUACAGGCGGACAGUAGAGUUGCUGGCCACAACUAUUUCGGACCGGGCUCGUACAACAAGGCACUGGUAGCGCUUCAGCAGCUGAUGUCGCUGUACGUUUGCCGUUCGAAGUUGGUCUGGCGCGACGCGGAACUGUUGCCCUGGUUGGAACGCAAUGUGAAUACCGUAUUGGAUCGAGUGGAUGCCAAAGAGGAUGUUAUUGCUGAAUAUGCUACCAAGCGGAGUCAAAGGUACGCGAAUCCACCACGGCAAGUGCUCCGUCAUAUUGUGCUGUCGGAUUUUAAGGAAAAGGUUCCGCUAGCUCAGUUCAUCAAGAAGGAAACGGAUCCAAUGUUGAUGUACGACCCGCUGCCGCCACUGGAUUCCAUCAACAUCUACUCCAACAGACCCACUAUGACGUCGAGCAACAAUCGAGUGUCGAACGAUCCGCUGCAUCUCUUCUUUCAAUCACUGCUUCCUAACUUCAACGCUCAAGCACAACCCGCGCCACCGGCUGCUGCUCAACAGGCACAACAGGCUAAUAACGCCGCAGCAGGUGCCGCUGCGGGUGCUGGUGUUGUCGCUGCCGGGGCCGCUGCUGGUGCAGCUGGUGGCGGUGCCGCUGGUGGUACCGGUGCCCCUGACUGGGACCUUGGAAGCAUGGCAGCAUACAGCAGUACGCUUGUUACGAUCGUGGAAGCGAUGCGGGAGUUCCUGUCCGGUAUCCGUGCGCUCGAGCGACCGAACGAUGCGGACGUGGACGAGGCGGAAAGCAGCGAAGAGGACGAACCGAACGAUUUUCUGGCGUAAGCGACCAAGCGCCUCCAUCGGACAAACGCGAAAAAAAAACUGUUGAAUUGCAAAAAUCUAAAACUUAUUCAUAUAUCUACAAAACAUAAAUAUUGCGCUGUGGAAUGGCAACGGCCG